AUGGGGAAGACCCCAUGGGACCACAGAACAUCACAUGGGUGUCAGAGUUUAUCCUUUUAGGGUUCUCACAAACCCGGGAGCUCCAGGAAUUCCUGUUCCUGGUAUUCCUAUUUGUCUACAUCACCACUGUCGUGGGAAACAUUCUCAUCAUGGUUACAGUGACUUUCGACCCCCGGCUCCACAUGCCUAUGUAUUUUCUGCUCCGAAAUCUGGCCGUCAUCGACCUCUGCUAUUCCACAGUCACCUGCCCUAAGAUGUUGGUGGACUUCUUUCAUGAGACCAAGACCAUCUCCUACCAGGGAUGCAUGGCCCAGAUCUUUUUCUUCCACCUCUUGGGAGGUGGGACCGUCUUCUUUCUCUCCGUGAUGGCCUACGACCGGUACAUAGCCAUCUCCCGACCCCUCCACUACGUCACCAUCAUGAACACUCGAUUGUGUGUGGGGCUGGUGGUGGCUGCCUGGGCAGGGGGCUUUGUCCACUCCAUUGUCCAGCUGGUUCUAAUGCUCCCAUUGCCUUACUGUGGCCCCAAUGUCCUGGAUAACUUCUACUGUGAUGUUCCCCAGGUACUGAGACUCGCAUGCACAGAUACAUCCCUCCUGGAGCUCCUCAUGAUCUCCAACAGUGGGAUGCUGGUUCUCAUCUGGUUCCUCCUCCUCCUCGUCUCUUACACUGUCAUCCUGGUGAUGCUAAGGUCCCACUCGGGGCAGGCAAGGAGGAAGGCAGCUUCUACCUGCACCACCCACAUUAUUGUGGUUUCCAUGAUCUUCAUUCCCUGUAUCUAUAUCUACUCCCGGCCCUUCACUCCCUUCCCCUUGGACAAGGCUGUGUCCAUCAGCUACACCGUCAUGACUCCCAUGCUCAACCCCAUGAUCUAUACCCUGAGGAACCAGGAGAUGCAGGCAGCCAUGAAGAGACUAGGCAAACGCCUAGUGAUUUGCAGCAGGGAGUGAACUUUAAAUAGGUUGACUUCCAAGACAGAUCUUCACUCUGAACUUGUGCUAUCUCAUGUGAAAAGAUGGCAGCGAGUCUUUAUAAAGUACAACAAAUCAGAUUACACCACUAUUUCUUAAAAACUUCCUCCUGGGUCACGUACUA